AUAUUCUGAAACGUUAUAUGGCUCUAGUUACUGCACAGCCUUUAAGAAAAAAGGGAAGGCAUAAUGUCUAGAAUGUCUAGAAUCUGGUAAGUACAUAGAAAUCUAAGUAUCCAUUGCAUCAUCGCCUGAUCAUAUCAUCAUCCACCAUCGCCAGACGCCGAAAAUGCACCAUGCUACAUACUAGAUCCACAACAACAAGGCCCGAUACUUGUUAAACGAAACAGGCGAUGCCAGUGACUACCGUUCGAUUCCGAUUUCGACGUUGGCUUUGGAUUUUUUAACUUUGAACUUGGAAGAAGAAAUAUUUUGGUACAGAUAUAUAAUUGAUACAUUUCCAUUUUCAUCCCUUUCUUGUCCUUUAUUCCUCAUACUUGACAAGCAAACAGUAUAUCUAUCUACCUAUCUAUUCUACCUAUCUAUCCCCUCAGUACACCUCAAUACUUAUUAGCAAGACAUCACUAUAGUCUAAUCCAGAGUGUGUACUAACUACUUACUAUACCUCAAAUUUAUCCUUAAUUCACUCAUAUAUUCUAUAUACUUCGUACCUAACUUAUCUACCCCCGACUCUCCUGAGAUUUCGCAAAUAUGCCCAACGUGGAUAUCAGAACGAAAAAUCUCAAAAAGCCCGUCGACGUGGCUGAGUACCUCUUCACGAGGCUUCACCAAAUUGGAAUCCGAUCCGUCCACGGUCUUCCCGGUGACUUCAAUCUUGUCGCCCUUGACUACUUACCCAAGGCCAAUCUUAAGUGGGUUGGUAACUGUAAUGAGUUGAACGCUGCUUACGCCGCCGACGGUUAUGCCCGUGUCAAUGGUAUCGCUGCCAUCAUCACCACCUUUGGCGUUGGCGAGUUAUCUGCCGUCAACGGUCUCGCCGGAGCUUACAGCGAGCACGUGCCCAUUGUCCAUAUCGUCGGUUGCCCGUCCACCAUAUCGCAACGCAGCGGUCUUUUACUCCACCAUACCCUAGGAAAUGGCGACUUUAACGCUUUUGCCAACAUGAGCGCCAGCAUCUCGUGUGCCGUCGCUAAACUCAACGACCCCGCUGAAAUCGCCAACCAAAUUGACCAUGUGUUGCGCGAGUGCUACUUGCGCUCCCGUCCCGUCUACAUCAUGUUCCCCACCGAUAUGGUCGAGAAGAAAGUGGAGGGUGAACGUCUGGAAACCGAGAUCGAUCUACGGGAGCCGGCCAACGACGCAGACCGAGAAAACUAUGUCGUAGAAGUCAUCCUCAAGUACCUCCAUGCGGCCGAGCGACCCGUCAUUUUGGUCGAUGCCUGCGCCAUUCGACACCGCGUACUAAAUGAGGUGCAUGACCUGAUCGAGAAGACAAAGCUACCCGUGUUCGUGACGCCCAUGGGCAAAGGUGCCAUUAAUGAAACACACCCUAGCUUUGGUGGCGUGUACGCCGGAUCCGCAUCCAGUCCCGCCGUCAAGGAUAUGGUCGAGGGAUCCGAUUUGGUGAUUUCCGUCGGAGCCCUUAAGAGCGACUUCAACACCGCCGGCUUCUCUUAUCGUCUCUCCCAGCUGACCUCCAUCGACCUGCACAGCGACCACUGCAUCGUCCGCUACUCCGAGUACCCGGGCGUUUGCAUGAAGGGCGUCUUACGCAAGGUUAUCGACCAACUCGACGUGGCUCAAAUCAAGGCUCUUCCGCCACCCAAAUUCCAAGAGCUGUCGACCGAGUCGAACCCGGAUGAGGUGAUCAAGCAGGAGUGGUUUUGGGCGCGCAUCGACAGGUUCUUGCGCGAAGAGGAUAUUGUUGUGACCGAGACCGGUACGGCCAACUUCGGUAUCUGGGAAACCCGUUUCCCGGCCAAUGUGACGGCAUUGAACCAAACAUUGUGGGGUAGCAUCGGCUGGGCGGUCGGCGCAUGCCAAGGCGCGGCGCUGGCUACACAAGAUGACCGCGGUGUAGAAAAGGCGCGCCGUACGAUCCUGUUCGAGGGUGACGGAAGUCUACAACUCACGGUGCAGGAGGUCAGCACCAUGAUCCGCCACCGUCUCGACGUCAUCAUUUUUGUUAUAUGCAAUGACGGAUACACGAUCGAGCGCUUCAUCCACGGCAUGGACGCAGCCUACAACGACGUCGCUACUUGGCGGUACAAGGACCUCCCCGCCGUGUUUGGUGCUACGGAGGACACGGCUAGGUCGUACGCCGUGCACACCCGCGGCGAGCUGGAGAAGUUGUUGAAGGACCAAGACUUUAACGAGAGGAAGGGACUGCGGUUCGUCGAGUUGUACAUGCCCCGCGAGGAUGCACCCAAGAGUCUCAUGUUGACAGCCGAGGCAAGUGCGAAGAGAAAUGCUUUAACAGAGUAAGGCAUAUUAAUGAAUGGAUGAGUGGGGAUGUGGGUGUACAUGAGCUACAUGAGCUAUGACUUUUAUCUAAAGAAAAUUUACCUAGGUGUCAAAAAGGGGUCGGGCUUCAGAAACGAUAUAUGGGUAACUAUUGGGGUUUUCUUGUUUAUAUUUACGGCUUAUGUAUAGAAUUGAAGUAAAAUAGGAUAAUUUAGAAAUAAUUUUAUAUCAUGUUCAUAAUGUUCAUAUUAUACGAGUGAAUGGAGUGGGAUUAGUGAGUGCAGUUUGUAUGGCUUCAUCAGUUUACUCCCUCUGUCCCUAAGCCCCUUUUCUCGUGUUUAGUACCUGGGCAGGUAGCGAGACGAUACCGACCUGGUAUAUUACUUAGGACUUAGCUUUAUAUAGUAUAUUUAGAGUGUCUAUGGAUGUCAUCGAAAACGACUACCUCGUCCGUCCUUGACUUUACUUUGAUGAGAUUCAGCAUCUAGGCUAAACUUCCAAGCGGUUCGAGUACCAAAGCACUUCAUUCCUACACUGUGGUAUGUUUAUACCGAAUCAGCAUCAC